AUGAUAUUAAUUCAAUGGCAUUUUUGUUUGUAUUUUUUUCUUAUUUUUCUAUCAUAUCAAACCUCGGCUGUAUAUUCGAUUCAAUGUUGUACAGGUGAUGAUAAUACAUGUUCAUCAAAACCUGUUGAAUGUCCUUCAAAUAUUUGUUUUAAAUUAGUGAUCAAUAAAGUAACAGAAGAACGAGGUUGUCUGGAUGAUUUAAUUAAAUUAUUGAAUUUUGAUGAUAAAAAUAAUCGAAAAAGUGUACAUGGAGAUAGUUUAACAAGUGGAUCAUCGAAUGAUCAAUGUCAUAAAUUAGGUACAUAUGGAAUGUCAUUAUGUCGAUGUACAAAUCAUUUAUGUAAUUUAACAUCAAAACAAAUUGAUUUCAACAAAGUUUGUCUUAUUUUAUUUCUUCAAUUUUUUUUACUUUUCUUUCUUUUAUAA